GACUCACUUCGUUGAAAACGAUUAAGUUGUAGAAGCUACUUUCUCGGAUUAAGAUCGAGAUCAUACAAACAUUACACGCAACCUUUUCUCAGUUCCUGGCUUGUAAGGCGACGGGACAAUUGCGACAGCGAUACUGCCAAAUAAAAAUUGACAACUGCAAUCAGCACAAAUACGAAUAUGAGUUUCUUUGCGCUUGGACUUGGGGUGCUUCUGGUGCUCGACACCUUUUCCACAGUCUCUUCUGAAGACAUUUUCAUUAAUCCAUGGCAGCUUCGAGCUCCCAAUAUGCCGUACGAAAACCUCAAUGCCACUAUCAACGAUACAAUUACGUUUUUCUGGGACGACGAUGAAAACCACACCGUGUACAUCAACCCAACGGGAAACUGCGACGAUACGGGGAGCCUUCUCAUUGGUGAUUCCAGUCCAGCAAGUUACACCUUCACGGAAACCGAUGCUUUGAACACAACAUUGGGGGAUCCCGUGUUUUUUGCCGACAACCUUGCUCAACUAUGCGAGUGGGGGAUGCGAUUUUCGGUAGAUGUUUUUGAAGCCCCAUCCGCAUCACCAACCACAUUUCCGUCAGAAGAACCAACCAUAGCUCCCACCCUUUCUCCGUCAUCGACUCCUACCACAUCUCCCAGUGAACAACCGACCACUAGCACACCGUCAUCGACUCCUACCGAAACUCUCAGUGAACAACCGACCACUAGUUCACCGUCGUCGACUCCUACCGAAACUCACAGUGAACAGCCGACCACUAGUACACCGUCAUCGACUCCUUCUUUAGUGCCAUCUUCUACACCCUCCGACCAUCCGUCUGGGGUUCCGUCUGGGCAACCGACCCCAGCACCGACCGACUUGGCCAGCAAAGCACCAACGACUGCUCCAGUGCUCACUCGAGCUCCGACUGGUGCUCCUACUGCAACACCAACUAAGUCGCCAACCACCGCUCCGGUCGCUCCCGACGUACCAACCGAGCCACCGAGCGGCGGAGAAGUAGAACCACCUACAUCGUCCGAGGGAGAACGAGUUUCGAACACUAUCGAAGGAUUGCGAAUGGGCAUGGCGGGGAUCACGGAAAUGUCUCCUUCGGCCGAAACGGAAUGGCAAGAGCUAACGGCAUCCUUCAGCUCCUCGUUCGUUUUCAACGAUUUGAAAGACAAGGUUUCCAACUUUGUUACUACGUAUGAGGUGACUGGUGUGAGCCCAAUUACGGUCCAGCAAGGACGGCAGCUUCAGCUGCGUGCAAACGGAAACUCUCGACACCAACGCUCUUUGCAGGAACAGGGCAUCGUUGUAGAAUACACUCAAACUGUUGAGUACAACACGGUGGAUUUAUCAGAGUUCACUCCCGAGUUUCUGGUGACUGCUCCGUUUGCAACACAAGCAGAGAGAACUGCAUACGUGACACUGUUGAAAACUACGUCGACCACAGACUUGGCUAAUAUUAAGGGAGUCUCUGAAACACAACUGCCGGUUACCCCCCCUCCUACUUCUGCACCCGCGCAAAAAGAUGCAAUAUUGACUUUACCCGCGAUCAUCGGAAUUGCUUGUGGAGGUGCCGGUCUCCUAAUCUUAAUCCUUCUCUUCGCUAUAUACUGUAGAAAGGGGAGCGACGUUGGAGGCGAUGCCAAAAGCGCCGAUGAGCCACCACUCCACGUGGACGUCAAGGAAGAUGAAGUCAGCACAUUGGCGGGUCCCAAUGGACCUCCCACGUACGGAGACCAGAGGUACGUUUGCAUCUUCAAUGGGAUCAAUGAGAUGCAUUAUUUAGUAAUCGAUUACUGGUUGGUGAAGCUACAUCACAAAGCAAUGCUGUGUUUCCUAUCGUCUCGUUCCAAUAUCGAUGCGUGUUUACUUACAUAUUCUUGUUUGAAUUUGUCGAACGACAUCUUUCACCAUUUUUAGUGUUGCUACUAUGGACUACGAUUACUCAAAAGCUUACGGAGGAGCCGGCGACACAUCUGUUUCCUCGGCUGGAGGGACGUUUGGAUCCAACACACAAAAUCUCUCCCUUCCUGCCAAUGCAGCAGCAACCGGUGCGGCGCUUGGGGUAAUGGGUGACGAUGACGAGUCAUACAAUACUAAAUACGACGAUCCCAGAGCUGCCCAGGGCAUGGAAGAAGUCAUACACAUCUUUGCUCCACCAGGCAAGCUUGGUGUUGUUAUCGACACCCCCGACGAUGGAGCUCCUGUGGUGCAUGCAGUGAAGGAUACCUCUGUCAUUGCCGAUCGAAUCAUUGUUGGGGACAAGCUAGUGGCGGUCGACGACGAGGAUGUCCGGUCUAUGACAGCCAUCAAGGUCUCAAAAAUGAUCAGUCGAAAGGGCGCCAACCCGUCCAGAAAACUCACUGUUGUUCGCACCGUUCCGUUAGAAUAGGACGCAGUCGAAUCAGUGAACUAGCAAAGCAAUGCACGUCAUGACCAUCGACGCCACCACUUGUAAUUUGAUGGUGAUUACCACUGUUUUUGCGCUAUAUGUCAUGUGU